CCCCGCCCCCGUGCCCGGGAUGUUGGGCCCCCGCGGCGUGACGCGAGCACGGCGGCUCCGCCCCCUGCGUCUCAGGCCUCGCUGGCCUUGGGGGGAUGGUUUCAUCAUGGCGUCAAUGCAGAAACGACUACAAAAAGAACUGUUGGCGUUGCAAAAUGAUCCACCUCCUGGAAUGACUUUAAACGAAAAGAGCGUUCAAAACUCAAUUACGCAGUGGAUUGUAGACAUGGAAGGUGCACCAGGAACCUUAUACGAAGGGGAAAAAUUUCAACUUCUCUUUAAAUUUAGUAGUCGAUACCCUUUUGACUCUCCUCAGGUCAUGUUUACUGGUGAAAAUAUUCCCGUUCAUCCUCAUGUGUAUAGCAAUGGUCAUAUCUGUUUAUCCAUUCUAACAGAAGACUGGUCCCCAGCGCUCUCAGUCCAGUCAGUCUGUCUUAGCAUUAUUAGCAUGCUUUCCAGCUGCAAAGAAAAGGUAGGACUUUCGCGAUUACUCCAGAGACGACCACCAGAUAAUUCCUUUUAUGUGCGAACAUGUAACAAGAAUCCAAAGAAAACAAAAUGGUGGUAUCAUGAUGAUACUUGUUGAUGCCACUGUUGUCAUCCUCGUAGCAGAAGAUAGUCCUACUGAGAAAAUGAGCACUUUGAUCAUUCAGUCUUUGAACUUUAACCUUUGACUGGAAGUGACCUAUAGGCAAUGAAGACUACUUCCUUUUACUGCAUUUUUACUCGUGUGCAUUCUGGGCGCAUGUUGAUCGCUGGUUCAGUCCAGGCAACUGACAUGCUUUUAUUAGUCAUACAGUAUUAAUGCAGGUGUCAGGAAAUGUCAAAUAUAAUUCCAUUUUUUAUUUUUAUUUUUUUAAGCUUUUGGAAAAGUUCCAGGUCCUCAUGUAUUGUGCAAUAACAGUGACUUCCUCGGUGGUUUGGGGGUGUUCAUUGCCGGCAAUGGACGUUGCAACAGGAAGAGUUUUCUUAGCUCCUGCCACUCAGUGAUUAAUGCAUGAUAGGGCCUGUGAAAUGAAUUUAUCGGUUAUUGUGGGAUUAUAAGGAAAGUGAGGGAUCCAGUAUUACAUUGAAAGUCACCCCAACUGUUUAUAUUUGGAUUCUAUGCACUGUGAUCCUGAGGCUAACAGCAUGAAAUAACAUGCGUCUUUCAAGGACCGUAAGAAAGAUCAUUGCAUAUUUAUUUAAUUGUUUAUAUCUGCUGUCAAAUUGUUUUGACAUGGAAGGUUUUCGAGGAACAUUGGCAGAGAGGUACAAUAUGUUAUCCCUAUGGUGAAAAUAAAUUCAUUUGUUGUAUAUAGUCCUCAAUCUCUGAAGUAAAGGUGUGAAUAAUAUAGGGUGUGAAUGGUUUAACCAAGGCUUUAUUUUGGAAGUAAAAAAAAAAAAAAAAAUGGCAGUGAUGACUAAAUUACUGCCAUCCAUUAUUUGGGCCUGUUUUUUUUUGUUUUUUUUUUUGUUUUUUGUUUUUUUUUUAAUCCAAGUCUAUUAUACUCUGUUACUUCCUGCUAGCCAUCAGCAUGAGCCCUAUUGCCUAAACACUAUUUCGUUUAUUUAUGUUUGGAAAAUCCGUAAACAUUUUGUUUGUAAUCUUGUUUCUUUUGUUACGUUUUAAGUUGUUUGAAUGUUACAAUACUUUAAUUGAAAGGCUUUUGUCAAGUUUCUUUUCUUGUAAAUUUUCUUGUAUCAUCUUGUCCUUCAAUACUGUACCCUAAAAUGAGAAAUACAUUUUUGACAGAGGCUUAAUGUUUUAACAAAAGAGUGUGGACAUUUUUAUUUUAAGAAUUUGGCAAAUGAACACUAUAAAAUGAUAUGUUUGCUUAUUUGUCUCACAUAACCAUUGUAUAGGUUUUCUUGGAAGAAUUUGUUAUGCUUGUUGAAAAGAUUUUGCUUACAGCUAGAUGAAUUUUUCUAUCUAUCUGUGUCUGUCUCUAUCUAUAUCUAUCUAUCUAUCUAUCUAUCUAUCUAUCUAUCUAUCUAUCUAUCUGAUUUCUCUGAUCUAUAAAACAGUUGUUGAAAAGGUUCCAUUCUAAGUACCAUGUACCAUGUAAGUUAAUGAUGCUAUAACUAGGUCUUUUUAAGAAGCAAUUAAUGUAUUUUAUAAAUGACCUUUUCACAUAUGCAAGAUCUGUUUCUAUGACAAUGUUAUUUUUACUAAUGCCUUACUGUUGCCCUCUUUUUGAAUAUCCUGCAGUGAAUAUAUUAAUCAAUUUGGGCUUAAAAAUAAAAGCCAAUUGGCUGAAAGGUCUGACAUAUGUAACCCCAUGAAAAUCAUCCAAUUGAUAAUUGGUAAAGAGUAUUUUAAAGAUUGUUUUUCAUCUCUGUGUAGAUGACACUUUGUAGCUUUGUACAUGUUGUUGAUUAAGGGCAUAUAAUUUUACACUCUGAAACUAUAACUGCUGAACUCAGGGGCGGGUAGACUUCAAAACUCUGUCUGCUGUAGAAAUAACUUGAAAAAAAAAUUAAAACCAUGGCCAGCCACCAGAUUGUGGACACUGUUUCUACUGCUAGGCAGCAAUCACCAUUUCUUAAAGACUAGAAACCCCUUUCCUCUGUCUCGACUCUGUUCUUGUCCUCGCAGUGUUCAUUACCAGUUUUAUUAGUUGGCCUAUCUAACAUGAAAAAAAAAUCUUUAAAUUCUUAGCUUUUCACUGCUUUUAAUACGAAAUUACAGCUCUAAAUUAGCUUUAUGUCACUGCUCUGAAAUACUAAUGAACUUGAUUGGGGGGAUGGGAACACGGGGAGAACCUCUUACCUGUUUGUAGUCCUCUUACUAAAAUCCUGUCAUAAGAAAUGGCCUGAGGCAGUAUUCACCAAAGGAAUUAACACACCAGGUCAAACAUUUACAGUGCUGUAGUGUAGAUUAAUAGCUUCAGUUGUGUUUUUGUAACAGUGUUUUAAUAUACCUCUCUGUAUACGGCUACUAUAAAAUAGAUACAAAUGAAAUGGAAAAUAGUUGAAAACCAAUUUUAGUUCGUUUUUGGAUCCAAGUGAAGAAAAUAAUAUAUCUAAAAUAAGGAGCAUCAACUAUUAAGAAUUCAGAAUCAGAUUAACAUUACUCCCUUGACUUUUAACAGUCAUUGAAAAGUCUUUAACACUUGCAUUUAGUUAUUUGACAUUAACAUUCAAAGAUGUGUAUCUGGGUCAUUGUUCAGGUGAGGGCAAGUUGUGGCUUUUAAUAAAACAAAUAUUUUCUAUAACAUAUUAUUGAAAGGGAACUGGAAUUGCAAGAAAUUUAUAUGAAAUUCACUGUUCAUUCCAUCUUCCCUGCAAAUUCCUCCAAUAGGUACUAACCUACAGCAUUAUAUUUUCACACUUUGAGGCUGUGUCUGUCUCUCCCACAUUUAUUUUAGGCCAUUCCUAUUUUGCCAAAUUUUGUGAAGAUGUGAUGUAUGCUGUUUGUUGUUUCUGCAGUUAUGAACUUGGUGCCCUUCCGAAUACAGACAAAAUGCUGUAGGUUAUUUCCAGUUUUGUGGCUCUUCUCUUAAGAAGUUAAUAUUUACUUCUAAAGAACUUAUAAUGUGUAAUUUUCCUUUUAGCCAGUGGGGAAAUAAACAUUUUUUAAGCCCUAUAGGAGACAGUUCAACUGGAGGAAGACUGUAUUCCUUGUUACUUUGAGUGGGUAUAUAAAUAGUUGAUUUACUAUUUUCUACUUCUGAAUUUUAAAUAUAUGCAAGUACACACACACACACACACACACACCAUUACUUACCUCCUGUGGAUAAUAACUUCUAGAGAUUCCAAAACUUAUCAAAUAACUGGUUGUUCCAUCAAAGAUAAAUUGACAGUAAUGGAAAUGAUUAGUGAUAUGAAAAUGGUGUGUAAAUGUGUUAUUUCUGGAAAUGUAGUCUUUUUUUAUUUUAUUUUAUUUUUACAGCCUACAGUUUUUGAGAAUUUCGAAUUUUAAAACUUGUUAAACUUCCUACAAGUAGAGUAGAAGAGGAGGUACUGUGUAUUCAAAGCUUUUUUUUUUUUCUUUUUUUAAUAAAAAAAAAUUUCAGUGUGGCUAGGUCUCAGCUUUCAUGGUUACUGCUGCUUAUAUUUGUCUCUCAUUUUUAUUAGUUUUUUAAUAUAUCUUAGUUGAAAGCUUAACAUAUAUAAUUAUGUUUAAUUGUAUUUACGUGUAAAUUGGUUCUCAUUGGAAAUCUUCAGAUUCUUUCUGAGGAUUCACUAUCAGCCCGCUGCAGGGCUGGGGGUGUCAGUCAGUGGCAGCUGUGCUGGGAGGCCACUUGCACCACAGAGCACGCCAGCCAGCCGCAGUCCAGUUGUGUGCUGCUCCAAGCAAGACCCCUAAUGCCUCGGCAUGAUCGCCAUCUGUGGCGGCAGCUGCAGCAGCUGCCACCACCCUCUGUAACUGUCCUUCAUAGGUUUUAGGGACACCCCCUCCCACCUCUUUCGGUCACUUCCUUACUCCUCAUAGAUGCUCAGUGUCUUCCCCAGUUUCCUUUUCUAACUUAGAAAUUUAGUUUUUGUUUAAGGUUAAGGGAUCUAGGGGAGAGUGAGUGUUAAAAUUAUAUCUGAAAAUAUUAAGAAAUUAAAAAAUACUUUCUAUAAAUAAGAUACGUGGGUUUUUCUUUUUUUUUUUCUUUUUUUCUUUUUGUUUUUGUACCUCAUCAGCAGGUAGCUAAAUAUAUUGAGUAAUUGACUAUGAACUGUGGUUGAAAUUUUCAGUAGUGACACAGAAAUUUGUACUUGUUUUCUUUUAGAUAGUGACUCUUCCAGAGUCUACUAUUUCUUAAGUGAAUUAAGUUGUUUUUAUAUUUAAAUGUGUUAUUUUACUGAAAUUAUUUGACUUUUUUCUCAACAUAAAUUGCUCAUUAACUCAGAUGGGGUUUUAGGCAUCAUUAUCUUUGGAGACUCAUUGAAUCUGAACGUUUCAGGCUUUGCUGUCUGUGCAGUUGUGUUGAUCUGGGGAGUGAGGUAUUAGUUGUAAUUUCAGUUCUCAGAUUCGUUAUUGAUAACUUCUGUUUGGUGAUGAGUGAUUAUAUGAUUGUCUUGAAAAUCUUCUGUUGAUAAAGUUGAAUUGAGCUGCUUUGUCUGGUGCAAGGAAUCUCCGAGUAGACGCUUCUCCAGCCCUCCGAUCUGCGUUGUACUUGUGAGAAAGAGUCAGUUCUUGCUCUCUCUUGGCACCUACCUAGCCUGGAUUUUUCAGAACUAGAUGCAAUCAUGUAAGUUGUUUUCUCAAAGACAAAGCAUACUGAAAACUCUGUACGUUUGUGAGACGUAACUUGUCACUGUCUCAAAGCCCGAGACAGUACUGUUAAAGCAUUCCGAGAUUUUUGCCAGUUGCCACAGAGGUUCAGGCCUCUUCAUCAGAACUUUCAGAUAAAUGCAAAUUGCCAGGCACAGGAUACAGAAUUAUUUGAGUGCAUUAUUGAAUUACUUAGUAGUCAAGAAUUAAGUACAUGUUCAGGUCAAAUCGAAUUUGUUCAUUUUGCUGCUGCCAUAAUUCUUUCGGUAAUCACAAGAGUGAUUGUGCUUUUGAUUAGGAAUGGAAGCUCAUGCUUGAGGAUUUGAAUAGGGCGGGUAUAUAUAUAUAUAUUUUAUAAAUACAAAUUGCAAAAAUAUGUAAAGUAACUACUUUUUAAAUAGAAUGUAAAUGUUAAGACAGAAAAAUCUGUGUUAUAUAUUUUUCAGUACAUGUACCAGCAUUUUCUUAGUUGAACAUAGGCUACUUUGUGUGCUUUAAGGAUCUUGAGUAACUUUUAAUAAUAAAGCAGUUGUCAUUCUGCUCUCCCACCACCCUGUAUACUUGGAUUGGAUAAGUACUAGAGUUCUUUGCACUUUAUGAUAAUGCAAACUUUAAUUUGUAUAGUGCUUCUUUUUAAUUUGUGUAUGAAGGCCUGCUCUUUAGAAGAUUAUGGAAACAAAUAGCAUCUGUUUCCAAAUGAAUGCAAGGCGCGCAGGGUGUCACCAAGGCUUCUCAUUCGCGGGUGGUCUUUACUCAGCUGUGGCUGCUUAUGCUUCAGUGAAGCACAUCCUGGCCAGGUGUCAUGUGGUCUGUGCUCCCAUCUACUCGGCAAACACAUGGGAAGAUUAUCAUUUAUCAUUCAGGGCAGCCUGGUAAUUUACUAAGACCUUGUCCCCCACACUUAAAAGGGCUGGCGAUGUAGUUCAGUGGUGUCUCCUGCCUGGCCUCGGUCCCUAGUCCUGAAACAGAAAAAAAUAUAAAUUUUACUAAAGAGUAGCAGGGCAAGCUGGGCCUAGUGGUGCACGCCUUUAAUCCCAGCACCAGGAGCAGAGGCAGGAGGAUCUCUGUGAGUUUGAGGCCAGCUUGCCCUUCAGAGCAAGUUCCAGGAUAGCCAGAGUUUGUAUGGCAAGCGAGACUCCAUCUCGACAAAACAAAACAAAAACAAGCAAAAACUAGUGCAGGGGAGGAAGAAUUUGGGCUUUAGAAAUUGAGACCUGGAGACUUUGAGUUACCAUGAGUCCGACGUUGCUUAACUUAGAAGUGUUACAGUUAAUAAGGUCACCAUAUAAAGAAUUCCUUGACCUUUGUGGUUGUACCAACUGGUCAGGUAACUAACAAAGUGAGUGAUUCUUGAAGCUUCCAAAAGAGCGAAGGAAGUGAGCAGGAGGGCUCUGUCUGCCUCUCUCCAGGCAGGGAAGGAAGGAAGUGUGCUUUCUUGCACCUGUUUCUUUUUCUCAGGGCAUUUGCUUGUCCUCGGAACACCUUCCUUUUCUAGUCUUCUGUCGGCAAGCUGCUGUUCCAGGCCUGGCCACUGGAACAGUGGAUGGCUAGAUGAACGCAUCCCUUGCUUUUACUUUGUCAUUCUCCGCAGUCUUUUCUACUUUCCAUAAUAGGUCUGAUUUUUCUCCACUAGUUUAAAGUGCUGUGAAUAUGUGGCGGUGUUUAAGGUUCUUCCCCUCUUCCCUAGUACAUUCAUACAAAGGCAGCAUGCAGUCUGAUGAGAAACAGCUGAAUUGAAAGGGCACGUGUACUUGAGUACUUGAGGCCAGGACCACAGUGUUCUGUGUCUGCCUUGCUGGAAAGCUCUCCAAGCAUUUUUUGAUUGGUUAUGUUAUUUUAAAAAGUAUUGUCAUAUUGAUGCAAGGCAUAUACAUGGGAAUACCCAUGGGACCUGCAGUCUAGUAAGAUACACCUGUCAUUCUCCCUAGGAAAAGGAAAGUGAAAAUCCAAGAUAGUAUCUUCACCUUUGAGGACACUGGAUGAAUGUGUAUGAGUAGGCGAGAAUCAGAGUUGUGGAUGCCUGUGUCCUGCGAAUAUUUAACUCAACAUGAAGCUUUUGAAUCUAAUAAAAAGCAAAUUUCUGUCCUUCCUGUUGGAGUUUAAUGGUGGUGGUGCCUGGAUUAUCCAAAAUAUCUGGCACUUUACCAAAUCCUUUCUCACCUCUUUCUUUUCUUUCUUUCUUUCUUUCUUUCUUUCUUUCUUUCUUUCUUUCUUUCUUUCUUUCUUUCUUUCUUUCUUUCUCUCUCUCUCUCUCUCUCCCUCCCUCCCUCCCUCCCUCCCUCCCUCCCUUCCUUCCUUCCUUCCUUCCUUUCUUUCUUUUUCUUUCCUCUCUUUUUCUUUAACUCUCUCUCUUUCCUUUUUCUUUCUUUUUUCUUGGUAAGUCUUAAUGAAUUUAGCCUCAAGACAUCUCCCACUCUUUCUAGUCAACUGAUCUUUGUGCACCUGCAUAGAGUUCCCAGGAUGCUCUUGACCAGUAGCAAGCCUUGUUCCAAAGUUGUAGUGACAUAGACUUACGUUGCUAAUGUUCUUGGCUCAAAGGCCCUGCAUCUGCCUUUCUUAAAAAAAAAGAAAAAUGUUUUUUACUGUGCGUGUUGUGUGUGCGCUGUGUGUGUACCAUGUGUGGGCAGUGCCUCUAGAUGGCAGAAGAGGGUGAGGGAACCCCUGGAUCAUUGUAAGCUGCUGUGUGGGUACUGGUAACUGACUCCGAGUCCUUUGCAAGAGCAGCAAGUGCUCUUAAACCCUGAGCCAUUGGUGCUUGAGAGAUGGCUCAGCAGUUAAGAGCACUGUCUGCUUUUUCAGAGUUCAAUUCUCAGCAACCACAUGGUGUCUCACAACCAUCCUGGGAUCUGGUGCCCUCUUCUGGCAUGCAAGUGUACAUGCAGAUAGAGCACUCACAUGCAUCAAAUAAAUAAAUAAAUAAAUAUCCCCCUAUGUUUAAAGAGAAGCCCUGAGGGCAUCCUCCCAGCCCCCAGCAUCUGCUUUUCUACCUGAAGAUUGUGCUACUUUAAUGUUCAAAUAGUAAAAGUCUUCAUCUCUGUGCUGUCUUCCCUCCCUCCUACAAGUCAUGUACCCUGUGUCCUCUGAUCAUAGGCAGAAUGCUGCAACAUGUUGGUGAUCACAGCCCAUAAGAGGCAGUACUUAGUACAUUGGUUUCUAAUAAACGUGUGUUGAAUUGAU